UCCAUAUAACUCUUUUGUUUUCUUUUUGUAUCUCAACUAAUAAUUUAAUUUAGUUUGAGAAAAGCUCUGCGUUCUCUCUCUCCUUAAUCGAAGUUGUUUUUAGUGCGUAGGGUAGAAGAGUUAUGAGUUGUUGUAGUAGAAGAGAUAGAGAUCGAAUCAGCGAUUUACCCGAUGAGAUUCUUGGCAAAAUCCUGUCUUUAGUUCCGACAAAGGUAGCUGUUUCCACAUCGGUUCUGUCCAAGAGAUGGAGGAAGAAUAGUAAUCUGCUGGCUCUCGUAGACACUCUUAGCUUUGAUGAGUCAAUGGUUGUGUAUCCCAACGAACAAGUAGGAAGUGUUUCAUCACAUCGCUUCUUAGAUUUCCUAGACAAGACAUUAAGAAACUGUCCCUGUCCGAGCAAGAUGCUCAAGAAAUUCUCUCUGAGUCAUCGAGGAGGCUCUAAGUCCCUUGCUGUCUACGGUUGGAUCUGGAGUGCAAUGGAGGGAGGUUUAUUGGAAGAAUUACACUUGGAAUGCACAAGUUUCGAAGUUAAUUUAGAGAGAAAGUUGUUAACGAGCAGCAACACACUGGUUAAGCUCACACUAUCCCGUGAAUAUUGUCUUGAAGUCGAGCGUGUCUUUCUCCCUGCGCUCAAAUCACUCUCUCUCUUAACAGUUGGAGGUCUUGAUUUCGACAACUAUCGCCGCCUCAUCAGAGGCUGCCCUGUCCUUGAAGAAUUAUUCGUAACUGAUAUCCGUGCUGAUGCUGCUGAUCCUUAUCCUCCAUGUUGCACAACCUCUGUCGAAAGUGCUUCCAUCAAGCGACUCCUGAUCUCUGUCGAUAUGCCCUGUGAUUCUCCUCAUAAUCACUCUUUUCAAGAGUUCCAUGAUGAAAGUUGUGUUCAAGCACCAAGUCUUGUCUACCUUGACUAUUCCGGUCAUGUCUUUAUGGAUUAUCGUUUUCUUGAUUUGGAUUCGCUUCUCCAUGUCAGACUCAAUCUCAAGUUAUGGAACAACCAUCACAACCGCCCAAACAAGCCUAUAUAUGGUGAUGUUACAAACCUAGCUGUUGGUAUAAGUAACAUUACAACCCUUCACUUGUCUCCUGAUUCACUUGAGAAGCUCAAAGAUAUGGAUAUGUUUUAA